GCUGGUGCGCGAGUUGGUGAGGGGAAGUGGGGUGGAUUUCUACAAGUGCGUGCCAAAAUAGUUCGAUUCAAACAAUCGGCCAGAUGGAAGGACCCAUUAGGCUCUUACUGAUGCUGGGCAUCUGUGGAAUAACUGCAGGAGUUCGAGCCGCUGUCGAAAAUGAGAGGACUUCACAGUCAUCGGAGAGUGGCAAAUUAGUACUUGCCGCGAGUUCUGCAUAUUUCCAACGAGAGAAAACAGCGAACGGUUUAUCGAACGAUGCGCCGUCAAGGUUGCAGAGAACCAGUCCGUCUCUGCAACUAGCGGGCUCAGAGAAUUUCCAUCAAGAAAAUACGGAAACGGAAAGAGCGUUUCCAUCGUCGAGAAGCAAUUUUCCCGACGAACCGAUCGAUAUGUUGACCGCGUCGAAGCACGUCGAUCAAAUCGAGGGAAAUAACAUCGAAGGCAAACCCGGUGAUUAUUACAGAAGCAUCGUCCCCACGAGAAUCGAAUCGGCGGUAUAUCAGUCGGGGGAAGAUCAAGGGGCUCCACGGAGAUUAAACCUCGCGUUGGAGCCCCGGAGGCAAGCGUUUGGACCCUCAAACAGCAACAAACAUCAGCAAUAUUACCAUCAUCCCCAAAAUAUGAGAUCAAUAUUUCAACAAAGACAAAGUCGCCAAGAGACACCGAGGAUUUAUAGCGAGCACGCACCCCCUCCGGUUCUUCAAACCGCCCUGCCGGGCCACGGAAAACGGCAAGCGAAUCCCGAUAUCCAGGAUAUAAUUACGGGAAUCGUGAAACUACUGAACGGGAAUGUCAACGUCGCCGCUAACACCGGGAGACCCCUGCGGCCGAUACAAGCCACUAGGAUAAACAACAGAGGACCUCCGAGAAUAUCAGACGUCCCUCCGCUUCCACCAGACUUCGAUACUCCCGGCAUGAAUCCACCUCCUCUACCGGAACAACCUUAUCCCUUCGAAAAACCACCGGCGAUCGAUCGACCCUCGGCCAAUCAAUUGCCACCCGAGAGACCCGUCCAGCGACCCUUCGUUAACGAUGUUCCGGAUCAUAUGGGACCCCAAGGGAACAAUAGACCAGGAUUUGGCGGUCUUUGGAAUCGGCCUCAAGGACCAACUGGAACGAGGCGACCCAUUCCACCGUACAAACCUCUCCCGCCGCAGGAUAAGGAUCAAAUGGGAACCGGGUUCGAUAAGUACCCCGAGAAGGUGCAGGAAAAACCGCAUUUCGAUCUGAGACCGGAGUCGGUGAAUAUUACGACCGUGGGCCUGAUCGGUAAGCCCAAUCCGAUCGAUAAUCAAGAAAAGAAAGAAAGUUCUACGGGAACAGUUAGCGAUUCGAACAAGGUUUCCGGUGCUGUUGUACCACAAGGCGAAUCAAAACCGACAAACUCCAAGCCCGAGUCGAGACCAAACUAUAAUAAUGGGGUAAUGAAGAAACCGCAGAAGUAUCAACCUCCGAUAAAAAAUGAAGAUUUUACGCCACAGAACACGUUGAUUCUCGGAUCAGAUCCGCUUUCUUAUCCGAUACCGAACGCUGAUGGGAUAAAUAACGCGACUGAUAACGAGAACGGUACGUCAAAGAUUCCGGAAACCCCAACUUCGGCGUUAAAACUUUCGCAAGACACGGUUUUUAUAAAACCCUCGAAAACUGUAAAAGAGGAUAAGCCGAGCAGCGGUAUUAAGGAUAAUUUAUCGAAGGGAGAAGCCUCUUCAACUACUCCACCGAAAUCGCCAAUUUUCGAGAAAACCCUGGCAGUGGAGACCAGCUCAUCUGUACAGCUGAUUGAACCUUCGCCAACAAUCGGUGAGAUUCAGCCGACCGUAGUUGUCCUCGGUAAUGGAAAGGACGACGAAAAACCGCCCAGUAUCGAAUUUCCAAAAUUGGAACCCAGCAAGGCGGAAAGCACCGAAUCGAAACCAGAUUUCACAACCCCCACGGAACGUUUGCCUCCUUUCAAUCAGCCGAGCACCAAUGCGCUCGACAAACCUUCCCCGACUUCUUCAUCGUCGAAGACCUCGGCGCCAACUAAUUAUUACCCCUAUAGACCCAGACCGGGAAUAGUCCUGGACGACACCCUGGACUACACAGGUUCCCAAGGACUGGCGACUCACCGUCCCUACUCUCCUCCACGUUACCCUCAAAUCGGGGACAUAUUCGAUGUCACGGUAUCCGCGAUCCAGGGUCCCGGGGGUGGCGGUGGUUCCGGAGACAGCGUGAGGGUUUCUCUUAACGCGGGAAACGGAGGUGACGUAAUAGUAACUUCGGCCGCCGAAGGUCAAGGCUUUGUAAGCAUCGACGGAAAGAGAACGUACUUGAAUCUAUUCGACAAUACAGACCCUACCGGGGAGCCCAGUUCUUCGACGACCCUUGCACAACCGCAACCGACUCGGACUCAAUCUCCUCCGAUUAUUGGAACGGGUUACGCGGUCGCUCAACCGGAUCCUCCCGCUGUUACGACGCGCCCGUCACCUACCAGUAAUCCAGUCAGAAGACCGCCGUACCAAAGAAGACCGGCUCAACCUCCGGUUAGAAUAGAUACCUGUAUCGUCGGGGAUUCGAGCACCUGUGACGGUGGCCAACACGAGGCCUGUGCUACCGUACAAGGUGUUUCGGCAUGCCAUUGUAAGCCGGGUUACGCACGUCUCCAACAUUCGUUGCCUUGUAAGAAGACCGUCAGUAUAGUGGUAUCGAUGAGGGUGGACAAGAUCUAUGAACGGAAGGUGGUGUGGGACGAGGGACUCGGCGACAAAGAUUCAGAAUCAUAUCAGAAGUUGGCUUUCGAGGCGAACAGAGCUGUAGAAUCCGCCAUGUCGAUGACUCCAUUUUCGGACGAGUACAUGGGCUCGUCUGUGAACGGUAUUUACCAGGGUGACGUGAGUCAAGGUCAGGGCGGGGUAUUCGUCAAUACGACAUUGAAGCUGACCUACGAACCGAGAACUUCCAGAUCCUCGCUCGCUGGGGAAUUACAGAAGCAUCUCCUAGGUGUGAUACACAGGAGAAACAACAAUAUCGGGAACAGCGCACUUUACGUCGACAGUCCAGCAGGAUCGGUAUCCAAUCUUCAGGACUUGGACGAGUGCGCGUCUUCGGAAUUGAACGAUUGCCACUCUUCGGCAAUCUGUACCAACACCUGGGGUGGUUUCAACUGCGUCUGUCGGUCAGGUUUCAAGGACCCGCAUAAAACUGAUCCGAACGAAUCGGGCAGACUGUGUUUAUCCUGUCCAGCUACUCACUGCAACAACAGAGGUCUUUGUUCCUACAUUCGGGGAGACGAGAUGCACUGCGCUUGCACAGGAAACUACUACGGAUCCCAGUGUGAAAUCGAUGGCGAAGUCUUGGGCGUCGCAAUCGGUGCAUCGGUUGCUGCCUUAAUAAUAAUUGUCCUGACACUCGUCUGCCUCGUGAUGUGGAGCAGGAGAUGGUCCAAAGAACAGAAAACGGUCGGCUCCCCUGUUUACGGUUACAUGCAGGGCGGGAUGCCCGGAACCCUUCCCGGAACCCUGGCAAGGGUUGGAUCCGUCGGGACUCUGGCAUCGGUAAAACAAGGUCCUCCAACCGGGCUGCCUCCCUACAUGUGGGCCCACAUCGCUGACCACAUGGCGACGGCAAACGUCUACGCCACGGAGCCAAUGGGCUCCACGAGACCGAGUUCAGCGAUGUUCGGAUACCCUACCUUGAGUAUGCAUGGUACUCUACCGCCCGUCCCGUUGCCCAGACUUCAGGCACCCCCAAGACCAAGGCACAGGCAUCAGCCGGAACCCGACAGUUCAGACUCUGAACCCCAGGACAGGGAUAGAGCUGAUCUGAUCCCCCAAAACGGUGGAUUUCAUGUCCCCCGGCCAAAGUCUAGGUCUUCCUUAGCGAACCAGAGUGGGAUUUAUUACGACGUAGAAUAUGACCAAGGAGAUUCUCAGCACUUGUCGAAGAAUAAUAUUCCCAUGUCUACGUACAGCAUGGCAAGACCGUAUUAUAGAACUUGAGGCUGUUUCGAAUGCUAAAGACAUGAAUUGAAACCAUUGUCAUAAUCAUUUUUCAGGAAAAAUUUCAUUCGAAGUUAUAGCUUCUUGUUUAGCAAAAUAUCAGACCAGCUCAAAAAAAAAAAAAAAAAAAAUUUGUUAGUGAAAAGACUAAGCUUAUUAUAGUGAUUUAAAUUUUAAACGAUUGAUUAUAUUUAUUGUCGAAAACAGGGCAUAUUUUGGGGAACAUGUAUCGGCGGUGAUGGGCUGUUUUGGGUUCGUUCCUCAAAUUUGCCUUGUUGAUGAUUGUACGUACGUGUAAUACAGAUACCUACAGACGGUAUUUGAUUAUUGUAGAUUUUCAAUUUUAGGUAAUGCAGAAAAAAAAAAAAAAUUAUUUCGUCGAAAAUACCUGUCUAUAUGAGGCCGAGUUGGGAUUGUAAACAAUAGAUUAUGAUUGUCGUAUAAAGUAAUAGUAUAAAUUGAUAUUUAAAUAUUUGAGAGAUAUACUUGAAUUAAACGUAACGAUUUUAAGUAUAUAAUUGUAAGCAAGGCUGUAUUAUUAUUUCUAACUCUGUAAGUAUAUUUUACAUAUAUUUUUUCAAGUUUAAUACAAUUACUUUUUUUCAAUAAGCCAAAAUUUCGUUGCGUAUUUAUUGAUAAUAAUUAGAAUAGCACAUAGGAUAAUAAAUUAAUUGUAGAAUCGCAUUUUCAAGGCAUUGACAAAUACCCAGAAUUAAUAUCCAGUUUUCUUUAUUCAAUCGAACAAUCAAUAUAUUGAUGUAUAAUAUAAAUAUGAAAUAUCAAUAAAUCUGUGUGUGUA